UAUUUAUGUUAUUUUUUAAAUAAUAAUACUUUAGUUUAAAAUUAUGCAUAUUAAUUUGUUGAAAAAUUAUGGUUGUCUAAAGUUGAUUUUAAAAAUUAUGCAUAUUUGUUGAAAGAUUAUAAUUGUCCAGUGAUUCCAGUCGUUAACUAACAGUACCAUUAUUAGUAGACUUCAGGACUUCUGCCCAGAAUAAUUAAAUUUUUUAGUUUUUUGCAUUUUGGUGUAGUUUCUUUUACCUUAUUCACCUCUAUUUAUUGAAACAUAGAACAGGAAUUUAUAUAUUUCAUCAAUUGUUUACAGUUUUCAAUGGACGCCUUGUUUCUUCCUGGAAUCGUGCCUUCAGUUUUCUAACUCCAUUUGGCAACUAUCCAAAUUAUUUUAUCUAACUUCCAUCAUAUAUUAUUACCAUUCAGAUCUGAUAAUCUCAAGACCAUAUAAAGAGUAAAGGUACAUUCAUCUCCAUUUCUAGCCAUGGCAGAUGAGACUCUUACAAGUCAUGAAAUACCAGUGGCAAAGCUGUCUGAAGAAGCUCAAGCCAAUGGAGUCCCUAUCAAGGUAAUAGAAGAAGACAUUGCUAGCAAAGCUGAAGAAACAAAGGUCGAUAAAGAGUCGUUCGACUGUGAGGAAAAAUCACCUGCGGUCGAGCACACGAAAACCGAUCCCGAGCCCACGAGGGAGCUUCUGGAAUCACAGGAAAAGAUCAAUGAGCUCGAAAAUGAGCUGAAGAGAAUUUCUCACGCAGCAAAGGAGGCCGAAUCGAAAAACACCUGUCUCAACGAUGAACUCCUGCAGACGAAAGAGAAGCUUCUAGAAUCCGCGAAGAAGCACGAAGAGCUCGAGCUCAGCCACAAAAACCUGCUCGAGAAAUUCACAGAAGCUGAAGAAAGGUACAACAAGAUUCUGCAGGAGUCGUUGCAAGCUCAAGAAGAGAAACACAAAGAGUUGGCCGAUGUGAAAGAGUCGUUUGACCGUUUGACCCUUGAGCUCGAGUCCUCGGCCGAGAAGAUUCAAGCGCUUAAGCUGGAAUUGCGAAGUUCUUCAGGAGAAGCUCGGAAAUAUGAGGAGCUGCAUAAGCAAAGCGGUUUGGAUGCCGAGGCCGAGACGAAAAGGGCAUUGGAACUCAAACAAUUGCUUGACGUGGCAAAAUCGAGCGCCAAAGAUAUGGAUGACCAAAUGGCUUUGUUAAAAGAUGAGGUCAAAGGCUUGUACGACAAAAUCGCAGAAAAUCAGGGAGUCGAGGAGAAGCUGAAAAGCGUUUCUCUCGAGCUCAACAAUGCUCGUGUAGAGUUAGAAGGCUCGAAAACACAUGCAGAGGAAGUCGAGCAGAGGCUGGCUUCGAAAGAGGCGCUUUUAAGUGAGUUGACCCAAGAAUUGGAAGUCAUGAAAGCUGCCGAGUCAAAGUCCAAUGACGACGUUGAGUCACUCGAAAAUCUGUUGGAAGAUGUAAAGGCCAAGCUGAAGGAAGAAGUUGAUGCAAAGGAAAGAGCUGAAGAGUUUUUGAAACACGAGGAAAAUAAGAUGAAAAUAGCACAGGAAGAUUUGGAAAGAGUUGUUAAAGAAAAACUGGAACUGGAAAAUGCCAUGUCCGAUUUAACAAACAAGGUAGGGGAAUUGGAAUUACUUCUCGAAACCGAAAAAAACAGGACUAAAGAGCUCGAGGAGCAAAUAAGCUUGCUAGAGAAAAACCGAGAGAAUUUGGAGGCGGAAUUUACUAAAGCCAGUCAGAAGGCUUUCGAACUCGAAGCCGAGCUCGAGGCCACCCGAUCAAAAGCAUUGGGUUUGGAGAGUGCUUUGCAAGCAUCAUCAGAAAAGGAAAAAGAAAAUAAAGAAUUCUUGGAUUCAGCUACUAAGGAGAACAAUAGUCUUAAGGAAUUAUCGAGAGCCUCGGAUGAAAAGCUGUCCGAGUUGCAAAAUCAACUCAGCGCCUUGCAAAAAGAAUACCAAGUUGCACUGGACAAGUCGGGGAACACUGAGAAUGAGCUUGAGGUCAGUAGGCAAAAUGAAAAUCAACUUAAGGAUAGGCUCAAUGAAGCCGAGAAGUUUAGAGAGCUUUUGAGCGAAGAGACUGCAAAAUUCAAGUUGGCUAACGAAUCACUCGAGUCCGAGAAGGAUCAUACGAUCGAGGAAUUGAAUACUGCAAAAGAACAAAUAGAAGAGUUGACCCAUAAGCUUGCUUCUGAAGGCCAAAAGCUACAGUCUCAAAUAUUGUCUGUAAUGGAAGAGAACAAUUUGCUCAACAUGACAUUCCAAAGUUCCAAGAAUGAUCUUCAAGCUAUGAUAGUAAAUCUUGAAGAGCAGUUGAAAGAACAAAAGUUGAAUGAAGAUGCACUGAAAUCUAAGAUAGAAAUCUUAAAUGCUGAGAUCGCCGGGAAAGCCGAAUUGGAGGAGAAUCAUCUGAAGGAGAUCAAAGAACAGUUGGCAACUGCAGAAGCUUGUUCUAGAGAAGAGAAGGAACUGGGCUCCGAAAAGUACCUGGAACGAGAAGUGGAUUUGAACCAUUCGGUUGAAGAGCUUGAAACUAAGAGAAAAGAGAUGCUUCUUUUAGAAAACCAAGUGAAAGAUCUUGAACAGAAGUUGCAGCUUGCUGAUGCUAAGUUCAAAGAAAAGGACAUUGGAGGAGGUCCCUCAGAACAAAAGGAUGCAACAUUAAAACCUCGAGAAAUCGAUUUAUCUUCAACUCCUCUCAAGAAAAAGAGCAUGAAAAAGGCAGAGGCAAACACAAAGGUUCAUACUCCUGAGGAAUCUCUAGCUAUCAACUUUAAGUUCAUACUGACUGUGGCACUUGUGUCCAUUAUCAUUGGUGUUAUUCUUGGGAAAAGGUACUGAGAUGAUGUGGUGUUCGGGUUUGGUUACUUUGUGCCUUUUUAAGUUUGAGGGCCUUUUUUUUUUUUGGUUUUUAUCCAAAUUGUGUUUUGGUUUGACACCCGACUUUGUUUAUAUAGUUUGAAAAGAAAUUACAGAAAAAAGGAGACAAUAUAUAUAUUUUUUUUUUGGCUG